CUUCGCCUCUUCCUGCGGCGCACGCGGAUGACGCAAGUGGGCGCGCCAGGAUUCCAGGAGCUCAGGGACUGCGAGAACGGCUGCCACGUGCGUAUGGUUACCGCGCGCAAACCCGGAUACCCCUAUAUGUUUCACCCCGUAGCCACCCACCCAAAGCCUGAUCCAAGCCGGUGCAGGAUCCCCACCAGGCCGAGCUGCGCCCAGCGGGCGCCUGGGUGCCCGCGUUAGUGCAGGUGUCCAUUCGCGUUUGUUGGACGCCUGGCAGGGGAGACCCCACGUAAACUCAUCCCCUGUAUGACCAUUCAUUCAACCAAGAAAAAAUCCGUUGACAGCCUGUUUUAUGUCAAGUACCAUGCUGGUCUUUGGGGAGACAGCCCUGAUGUAGACAAUCCUGUCUUUGUGCUCUUGGAGAUAUUGUUUCACUGGGAAUGAUAGACGAAAAUCAACUGGUAUAAUAAACAAAAUGAUUUCGGGUUGUGAUAAUUCCUGUGAAGGAAUUAUGGUAUGGAGGACAACUGAGGCGCCUAACUUUAAAAAGGGUCAUAAGGGGAAUUCCCUGGCAGUCUAGUGGUUAGGACUCAGCGCUCUCACUACCGAGGGCCGGGUUCAAUCCCUGGUCCGGGAACUAGGAUCCCACAAGCCACGAAGUGCGGCAAAAGGAAAAAAAUAAAAUAAAAUAAAGGGGUCAUAAGCAUUGGGUGGGGGCGCUGAGAAUGGGAGGAAUCACGAUCUGGCAGGAACAUUGGUUGCUGAAAUGAGACCUGGCCUGGAACUUGUCAGUCUACAAGUUUGAGAUUUUUUGGUUUUUAAGCCCCAGAUAUUGUUCUAAGCCUUGGUAAUCCGAUGGAGGUAAAAUAGCUACAGUUCGUGCCCUCAUCGAGAUUUUGCUCUAGUGGGGAAGGCAGAGCUAAAAAUAAAAUGUCAGAUAGUGAUAAAUACCAUAUAGGAGAUUAAUAUAAGACCAUCUCAUAAUGGCUACUUCAGAGCAGUUGGUCAAGGAACGCCUUUUCAAGGAGGUGAAUUUUACCUGAAAUUUAAAUAACAAGAAAGCUAGCCAUGCAAAUAGCAGGGUGAGAAAAAUGCCUUUCGGAACUGAGCUUGGCAAGUUAGAAAACAGUAAUAGAAAAGAAGCCAGUGUGAUUGGUGCACUGUAGGCGAGAAGGAGAGUGGUGUGAGAUAGGGUUGGAGAGGUAGGCAAUGGCCAGACAACAUAAAGCAGGGUACUGAGUUGGAAUGUUAUACCGUGUGUGAUGAGAAGCCAUGAUCUCAUUUAUGCUAACUUGUGGCGAGUGGAUUGUGGUUUGGGGCAGCGGUAGGAUCAGGGGUCCUGGUCAGGAGGGCUACUGGUGCAUUAGUCCAAGUGAGUCCUGGUACUGACUUGAACUGGAGUGACGGUAGCAAAGAGGAAAGGACGUGGACAGAUUUGGGAUAUGUUUGGAAAUGGAUUCGCUGGCAGAUUGGGUAUAGAGAGGGCUCAGGGAAAGAAAAAUUAAGAUCGACUCCUGUGUUUUUGACUUGAGCAACAGAUUGGAUGAUGGUGGUGUUAACCGAGAUGGGGAAAAUGGGGGAAACCACAGGUCUGGAGAAACGAUAAAUCAAAAUUUCUGUUUUGGCCAGAACAGGCUAUCUGUGUUUAUGAGACAUCUAUAUGGCAGUGUCACCUAAGCAUUUGAAUGUACUAGUUUGGAGUUUCAGGGAGAGUCAGAGUUGGAUAAAGUUAUGGAAUGUUGGCAGAUAGUAACUCGAAUCAUGUGAAAUGGCCAUUUUGAGUCAAAAAUGGUUGAAUGCUGGCGGUGUCAUUGGUUCAGUCUCAUAGAUUGUAUUUAAAGCCACAGGUCCGGAUGAAGUCUCUUAGGAAGAACAUUUAGAGGGAAGAGAAGAAAGGGCACAGUCUUGGGCACCCACCAUUUAGAGGUGGAGCAGAAGAGUCGGAGCCAGCACAGGUGACCGAGAAGGAGCAACCAGAAGGGAGAGGAAUAUCAGGAGAGCGGUGUCGAGAAGCCAAGAGAGGAGGGUGUUUCAGGAAGUAGAGAAUGAAUAAGUCAAAUGCUGCUGAGAGGUCGAAUAAGCAAAGGACACCUACAGAGAUGUCCUCAGUCCUUCACUUCUAUGUCCGUCCCUCUGGCCACGAGAGGGCAGCCUCUGAAUAUACUCAAAGGAAGCUGCAAGGGGAACUGCCAGAGCUGCAGGGUGUCAAGACCGAGCUGUGCUACAAUGUGAACUGGACAGCUGAGUCCUCCCCGAGCGCCGAGGAGAUGAAGAAGCUGACGUGGCUGUUUGGCUGCCCCUUGUUACUGGACGAUGUCGCUCAGGAGUCCUGGCUCCUUCCCGGCCCCACUGACCUGCUGCUGGAGGUCGGGCCCAGGCUGAACUUCUCCACGCCAACAUCCAGCAACAUCGUGUCAGUGUGCCAGGCUGCGGGGCUGGGGGCCGUGGACCGCGUGGAGCCGACCCGGCGCUACCUGCUCUCGUUUGCCCACCCGCCUUCGGCUGAGCUAGAGGCCGUCGCCCUGGCUACCCUGCAUGACCGGAUGACGGAGCAGCACUUCCCCUGUCCCAUCCAGAGCUUCUCGCUGGGGUGCACCCCAGCACCCCUUGGCGGCCCAAUUGACAUACUGGCCGAGGGCCGGUCUGCCCUGGAGAAAGCCAACCAGGAGCUAGGUCUGGCCCUAGACUCCUGGGACCUGGAUUUCUACACCAAGCGCUUCCAGGAGCUGCAGCGGAACCCCAGCACUGUGGAGGCCUUCGACUUGGCUCAGUCCAAUAGUGAGCACAGCCGACACUGGUUCUUCAAGGGGCGACUCCACGUGGAUGGGCAGGAGCUGGCACACUCGCUGUUUGAGUCCAUCAUGAGCACCCAGGCAUCUUCGCACCCCAACAAUGUCCUCAAGUUCUGUGACAACAGCAGUGCAAUCCAGGGGAAGGAAGUCCAAUUCCUGCGUCCCGAGGACCCCUCACGGCCAAGCUGCUUCCGGCAACGUCAGGGGCUGAGACAUGUCGUCUUCACGGCAGAGACCCACAACUUCCCCACGGGAGUAGCCCCCUUCAGCGGUGCGACCACUGGCACAGGGGGCCGGAUCCGAGAUGUCCAGUGCACAGGCCGCGGGGCCCACGUGGUGGCUGGCACUGCUGGCUAUUGCUUUGGAAACCUGCACAUCCCAGGUUACAGUAUGCCCUGGGAGGAUCCAAGCUUCCAGUAUCCUGGGAACUUUGCCCGACCCCUGGAGAUUGCCAUCGAGGCCAGUAAUGGGGCUUCUGACUACGGCAACAAGUUUGGAGAACCAGUUCUGGCUGGCUUUGCCCGUUCCUUGGGCCUCCAGCUCCCAGAUGGCCAGCGGCGCGAGUGGAUCAAGCCCAUCAUGUUUAGUGGAGGCAUUGGGUGCAUGGAAGCUGAGCAUGUGAGCAAGGAGCCCCCAGAGCCAGGCAUGGAUGUUGUGAAGGUUGGGGGUCCUGUCUACAGGAUUGGAGUCGGGGGCGGAGCUGCUUCGUCCGUGCAGGUGCAGGGAGACAACGCCAGCGACCUGGACUUCGGGGCUGUGCAGCGGGGAGACCCGGAGAUGGAACAGAAGAUGAACCGUGUGAUCCGGGCUUGCGUGGAGGCCCCCAGAGGAAACCCCAUCUGCAGCCUUCAUGACCAGGGUGCCGGUGGCAAUGGCAACGUCCUGAAGGAGCUGAGUGACCCAGCUGGAGCCGUCAUUUAUACCAGCCGCUUCCAGCUCGGGGACCCGACCCUGAACGCCCUGGAAAUCUGGGGGGCUGAGUACCAGGAGUCAAAUGCACUUCUGCUGAGGCCCCCCGACCGGGACUUCCUGAGUCGUGUCAGUGCCCGGGAACGCUGCCCAGUUUGCUUUGUGGGCACCAUCACGGGAGACAGGAGGAUAGUGCUGGUGGACGAUCGGGAGUGUCCUAUGGGAAGAGAUGGCCAGGGGGAUGCCCCCCCAACACCUCCCCCGACGCCUGUGGACCUGGAUCUGGACUGGGUGCUGGGCAAGAUGCCCCGGAAGGAGUUCUUCCUCCAGAGGAGUCUCCCCAUGCUGCGGCCCCUGGCCUUGCCCCCAGGGCUGAGCGUGCGCCAGGCCCUGGCAUGGGUCCUCAGGCUGCCUGCGGUGGCCAGCAAGCGCUACCUCACCAGCAAGGUGGACCGCUCCGUGGGCGGCCUGGUGGCACAGCAGCAGUGUGUGGGACCCCUGCAGACCCCUCUGGCAGAUGUGGCGGUGGUGGCACUGAGUCACCAGGAGCUCGUAGGGGCUGCCACAGCCCUGGGAGAGCAGCCCGUCAAGAGCCUGCUAGACCCCAAGGUUGCUGCCCGACUGGCUGUGGCUGAAGCCCUCACCAACCUGGUGUUUGCUCUGGUCACCGACCUCCGGGACGUGAAAUGCAGCGGGAACUGGAUGUGGGCGGCCAAGCUCCCGGGGGAGGGUGCGGCUCUGGCCGACGCCUGUGGGGCUGUGGCAGCCGUGAUGGCGGCCCUGGGUGUGGCAGUGGAUGGUGGCAAGGACUCCCUCAGCAUGGCUGCCCGGGUUGGCGCUGAGACCGUGCGGGCUCCUGGGUCGCUGGUCAUCUCAGCCUAUGCUGUCUGUCCAGACAUUACAGCCACUGUGACCCCAGACCUCAAGUGUCCCGGAGGGAGAGGCCACCUGCUCUACGUGCCUCUGAGUCCUGGGCGCCAUCGGCUCGGGGGCACAGCUCUGGCCCAGUGCUUCUCCCAGCUCGGCGAGCAGCCUCCCGAUCUGGACCUUCCCGAGAACUUGGUGCGAGCCUUCGGCAUCACCCAGGGGCUGCUGAAAGACCGCCUCCUCUGCUCAGGCCACGAUGUCAGUGACGGAGGUCUCAUCACCUGCCUGCUAGAGAUGGCCUUUGCUGGGAAUUGUGGGAUAGAGGUGGCCGUCCCUGCCCCUGGGGUCAAUGCGCUGCCUGUACUGUUCGCUGAGGAGCCAGGCUUGGUGCUGGAGGUGCAAGAGCCAGACCUGGCCCAAGUACUGACACGUUACCGGGAGGCUGGCCUCCACUGCCUGGAGCUGGGCCGCACGGGCAGCGCCGGGCCCCAUGCCACGGUCCGGGUAUCAGUGAAUGGGGCUGUCGUUCUGGAGGAGCCCGUUGGGCAGCUACGAGCCCUCUGGGAGGAGACCAGUUUCCAGCUGGAUCGGCUGCAGGCAGAGCCCCACUGUGUGGCCCAGGAAGAAGGAGGGCUGAGGGAGCGGACGGGGCCCACCUACUGCCUGCCCCCCACCUUCCCCACAGCUUCCGUGCCUCAUGAGCCUGGUGGCCCCGCCCCCCGCGUUGCCAUCUUUCGAGAAGAAGGCAGUAACGGAGACCGGGAGAUGGCCGAUGCCUUCCACUUGGCUGGGUUUGAGGUGUGGGACGUGACCAUGCAGGACCUCUGCUCUGGAGCAGUCAGGCUGGACACGUUCCAAGGCAUGGCCUUCGUGGGCGGCUUCAGCUACGCGGACGUCCUGGGCUCUGCCAAAGGGUGGGCAGCCGCUGUGACCUUUAACCCCCAGGCCGGGGCUGAGCUGAGGCGCUUCCGGCAACGGCCAGACACCUUCAGCCUGGGCGUGUGUAACGGCUGCCAGCUGCUGGCCCUGCUGGGCUGGGUGGGAGGCAGUCCUGGUGACGAGGCGGCAGAGAUGGGCCACGAGUCCUGGCCGGCCCGGCCUGGCCUCCUGCUGCGCCACAACCAGUCUGGGCGUUUCGAGUCGCGCUGGGCCAGCGUGCGAGUGGGGCCCGGGCCGGCCCUGAUGCUGCGAGGGAUGGAGGGUGCCGUGCUGCCCGUGUGGAGCGCCCAUGGGGAAGGUUACAUGGCAUUUUCUUCCCCGGAACUCCAAGCCCAGAUUGAGGCCAGGGGCUUGGCUCCGCUGCGCUGGGCAGACGAUGACGGCAACCCCACGGAACAGUACCCCCUGAAUCCCAACGGGUCCCCAGGGGGCAUGGCUGGCAUCUGCUCCCCCGAUGGCCGCCACCUGGCUCUCAUGCCUCACCCUGAGCGGUCUGUGAGGCCUUGGCAGUGGGCGUGGCGACCCCCUCCGUUUGACACUAUGACCACCUCCCCCUGGCUCCAGCUCUUCAUCAAUGCCCGAAACUGGACCCGGGAAGGAGGCUGCUGAGCAGGCCGGGGAGACUCCCCUGGGCCCCGUGGUUUUCACCCACGGUGUCUUUAGAAGUACCUCAUAUUAUUUCUGUGUGUCUUGGACAGACAAGGACCAAAAUGCCCAAAACAACCUUGGCUAAUUUUAUGAAUCUGUCUAUGCCUUACGCUGUUGGAUCUGUUUUCAGUUCUGUUCUAACACGUUUUGUCCUGUGUGGGCCUGGGAAGCAACACGCGGUUCAGAGAAGCUUCCUGCGGUGGGAGGUUAGGAUGCAUGGGGGGGGGGUUCCACUGCCCCGCUUCGCUGCACCACAUCACUUAUGUCACUUACCUGAGCUCGGAGGGAUGUCCUAUGCCCCCCUUCCUCGUCGGGGUUUAAGGGGAUGGGGGCGGACAAAAGCAAGCAACUCAGGACCUCAGCGUGCUCAUCUGGAAAACAGCAGAAGCCUUCUGGAUUCUUCUUUCUAUUUUUAUUUUAUUUUUUAAACUUUAGAUAGAGAAUUUUAAUUAAAUUGGCAUAGUUAAGACCAAAAAGAUAAAAUGGACAUUGUCAGUGUAUCUUCAGCCCUUGCUUUAACAGGCAAAUGAACACAACUUGAAACACACGUGAAUUUUGCUUGUCUGUGAGACAGUGAAGGGAGCUUCUCAGUAUUUAAAUAUAUUAAUAUAACCAGUUAUAGAAAUCUAAAUCUAAAACCAAUCUCCUAUAGGGUUUGAGAAGGCAUUCACCAUAUCCCUGAAAAGUUUAACAUUCCUUAUUCAAGUUUAAUCAUCUCUUUAGAAGGGGAAAACAGUGAUAGUACUUGUUGAACCAGAAUUACUAUCAAAAUUCAAAAAGCUGACCAUAUUCAUUUAGCCACAAGCCAAUCUUAUUCAAAUCAGGACAGAAAGACUACAUCAUCCGUUCAUGAUCUGAAUUCUGCUAUAUGAGAUCAAUUUAAAUGUGGUACACAUAAAAAGUCAUGAGACAUUUGUUUCAUAAUAAAUAAGGCAGUGGCCAACUAUUACUCAUUAGUAGCUUUUUUGAGAUAAGCUAUCAAGUCUGCCCUUUGCGGUACGCGGGCCUCUCACUGUUGUGGCCUCUCCCGCUGCAGAGCACAGGCUCCGGACGCGCAGGCUCAGCGGCCAUGGCUCAUGGGCCCAGCCGCUCUGUGGCAUGUGGGAUCUUCCCGGACCAGGGCACGAACCCGUGUCCCCUGCAUCGGCAGGCGGACUCUCAACCACUGCGCCACCAGGGAAGCCCUUGAUUCUUCUUUUUAAAUGCAGCGCUGUGCUAAGUGUAAGCAGUUGUUGGCAGCUUCUGUGACAGUGUCUCCAGCUGAGUCAUAGGACUGCCCUGGUGCUGGCCUCUGAACUCAAUAUUCCUGAUCUUUGCUUCUCCUAGUUUAGCAGCUCCCUUCCUUAUCCCUAGCACUGAGCCUUUAGUAUGCAUUUAUUCUUUCAUUCAUUCAUUCCAUUAAUUUUCGAUGGUUUGCUACAGUGCCAAGCACUGUCGCUGCCACCAGGGAGUUUAUGGUCUAAUAGGCUUUAAAAUAAUAUCUGUGGGACUCCCUGGUGGCGCAGUGGUUAAGAAUCUGCCUGCCAAUGCAGGGGACACGGGUUCGAGCCCUAGUCUGGGAAGAUCCCAUAUGCCGUGGAGCAACUAAGCCCGUGUGCCACUACUGAGCCUGUGCUCUAGAGCCCACAAGCCACAACUACUGAGCCUGUGUGCCACAACUACUGAAGCCCACGCGCCUAGAGCCCGUGCUCCGCAACGAAGACCCAACACAGCCAAAAAUAAAUAAAUAAAUUUUAAAAAUCCGCCUGCCAACGCAGAGGACACGGGUUUGAGCCCUGGUCCAGGAAGAUCCCACAUGCCGUGGAGCAACUAAGCCCAUGCGCCACAACUACUGAGGCUGUGCUCUAGAGCCCGUGCGCCACAACUACUGAGCCCAUGAGCCGCAACUACUGAAGCCCACGUGCCUAGAGCCUGUGCUCCGCAACGAGAAGCCACCGCAAUGAGAAGUCCACACACCACAACGAAGAGUAGCCCCUGCUCUCCACAACUAGAGAAAGCCUGUGUGCAACAACGAAGACCCAACGCAACGCAGCCAUAAAUAAAUAAUAAAAAAUAAAAUAAUACCUGUAUGUGAUGUGUGUGUGUAUAUAUAUAUAUAUAUAUAUAUAUAUAUAUAUAUACACACACACACAACAGAAUAGUAUUCAGCCACAAGAAAGAAGGAAAUCCUGCUGUGUGCGACAACAUGGAUGGACCUUGAAGGCAUUAUGCUCAGUGAAGUAAGUCAGACAGAGAUAGACAAGUACUAUGUGAUCUCACUUAUAUGUAGAAUCUAAAAAAAGCUGAACUCAGAAACAGAGACUAGAAUGGCGGAUGGGGGAAAGGGGGAUGUUGGUCAAAGGGUACGAACUUCCAGAUAUUAGAUGAACAGGCUCUGGGGAUCUGAGGUACAGCAUGGUGAUUAUAGCUAAUGAUACUGUAUCAUAUACUUGAAAGUUGCUACCAGAGUAGAUCUGAAAUGUUCUUACCAGGAAAAAGAAGUAGGAAUGAUGCGAUGUGAUGCAGGUGUAAGGUGUGAUGCAGGUGUACGGUAUGGUGGUAAUCACUUGCUAGUGUAUCAGAUCAACACUUUGUACACCUUAAACUCACAUAAUGUUAUAUGUCAACUAUAUCUCAAUAAAGCUGAAAAGAAAUAGUAUCUGUAUAUGGCACCUGCCAUGAACCAAGCGUAUGCUAGGAUUUUAUAUGUAAAUAAAUUAUUUUUCAUAAGAGUUCAGCAAAGUACUUGAUAGCCCCCCUCCCUUUUUAAAACAAAGGAAGAAUUAAGGUUAAAUAAACUGCAGCAUUUGCUUCCUACUGCCCUGCAAUCACAUUUCCGGAGGCAGCAUCGUCAGGACUUCUUGCUGACAGCUGUCCUUGCUCCCUUUGCUCACAGGAGUGUGUGUAAAGGCCACUUCCUUGUGACCGCUGUGACUGUCCUGUCGUACAGCUCAAGUCAGUUUGCCCCCUGAAUAGCUCAACAUCUUGGUUAAAGAAACUUCCCUGAGAAUGGAGACUGGACUCUCAGAUCCCUGAGGGCGGGCUGAGCGGUGCACUCCUAGUAGAGUAGCCUAAGGAGAGACUGAUGAAACAGCGUUGAAUCACGGCUAUGGAGAAAAUAACUGUUUCAGGUCUUUUUCUCAUUGCUUUGCAAACUGACCUACCCUGAGCAGUCUGCGGGAGUAGGGGUCACUUUGGCAUUUCAGUAUUCCUCCCUGAUGCUAGGAAGCCGUGUGUGUGUGUGUGUGUGUGUGUGUGUACAUAAAAUAUAGGUAAUCUCAAAUGCACAAUUUUGAGGGCUGAUACCAAGUCUUGGAUGUCAGGUUUACAAGCGCUUGACGCAAAAGUAGAAGGAUGGUAUGUGAGGUACCCUGCUGAUUGGCUGUGAUAGGUAAUUCAUGCAUUUUGGAGUUGGAGUGGUUUCUGGUUUAGAUUACCCUGGCCAAGCAAGACCCACCCUCGGACACUACCAAAACCAAGUCAGCUCAGCUUCUGUUUUUAUCCAGAAGCCUCACAACCCUGUCCUUGCUGGUCCCAACCCAGCUUCUAUCUCCCCACCUCUCCCAAAGGCCGUCUAGCAAACUACCGGCUAGCUCUUUUCUGCCUCUCUUUGCCUUCCUGGGAAACCAACUGCUCUGAAAGCCACUCCACAGCCCCUCCAUGUGGUGGCGUUUAUUCUCAAACCUCAUCUCACCUUCCUCCGGCCAGGGAGUUGGGGUUUGGGUCCUCUCUGUACCACUCCCAGAUUAUUCUCCACCCCCUUCGAAGAAAAUCUUGCCCAUUUUAGGUUCAUACCAUUCUAUAUCACCUUCACCCCCUACUUUGUGUUCUGCUGACUUCCCCAUCACUCCCUGUGGAAGGGGAUGCCAGCUGUUCCCUGAUAUCUGAUUCCCCUUUCUAGAAAUAGGACCCUCCAGUAUUUUAGCAGGGGUUGUGGCUGCCCAAAAUAAAGAUGACAUCUCCCAGUGUCCCUUACAGCUGUGACUAAAUUCUGUUUUGUUUUUGGCCAUGCCACGUGGCAUGUGAGAUCUUAGUUCCCUGACCAGGGAUUGAACCCGUGACCCCUGCAGUAGAAGCAUGGAGUCCUAACCACUGGACCACCAGGGAAUUCCCUGUGACUAAAUUCUGAUUGGUAGGAGAGAAAAUGAUGUAUACAACUUCUACGUGUUCUUAAAGGAAGGGGUGCAACCUGAACGUUUUUCCAAUGACUUCCUCCAUUCUACCUCGGCCAUGGAAUUUUGUCAUCACCCAGAUGUGCUUCAUUUCCACACUCACUCAAGCACCCUACCUCUGACCAUAACCUCCCUUCCUUCCAUCAUGCAUUUUCCUCUUCAGUACUUGGAUCUCAAAGUCAUCAGGACCUCCAGCUCAAUCACAUCUUUCCCCCAUCCAUUUCUUCUCUCUUUUUCCCUCCUUAUCCAACUUCCAGUAACAGCUUUUCCAGUGCCCUUCAACUUGACCCAGUAUCUUUUCAUCAUUCCCAUUUGACAAAAUCCCAACCCAUCAGCUUUCCCAGAGAAAGCCAGACAACAGGGCAGAUUGUCCCAUUGGAAAUUCAGCAUUACCCACCUAUGGGGGAAACGGGGAAUCAGAAUGAGAAACAGAGACCAAAGGUAAUAAGAGAGGGCACCCAAGUGGAGCAAUGAUAAUAAUGUACCGUGAACAGAAGGAGUAUGGUGACCUCAGCUCACUACACCCGAGGUCUGAAACAAGACCAUUAACAAUAAUGUCCAAACCUAAGUCUUGUCUUUUUUUGGGUCUCAUCAGUCAACAGCUCUCUGACCAAAUUCUUCGUUAGAUACUGGAGGCUCCUACGGUAGCAUCACACACCUCCUUUUCUAGCCCAAGUCACUGUUGUAAUUUCUUUUUCAGCAUUGCAAUCUUUUGUUGUUGUUGUUUUGUUCUGGGUUUUUUUUUUUUUUUACCACUGCAAUCUUACAUUGAACGAUGUGUUUCUUUGCUCAACGAGUCGUCUCCUCAGUAGAGUGUAAACUCCAUGAGAGCAGGAACUCCAUUUCUGCCCUCCACUGUAUC